AUGUACCGAGUCAUUAAUCCCGCCCAGCUCUCCUCAGACAGCACUCUCUCCGGAGCACUUGGCUUCGCGACCGCAGGAACUCAGCAAUCCGUCCGUGUUCCCCAAGGUCUCUUCAUCUUUCAACAGGAGCAGCGACGAACUGAAUCUCAAGCCAAAGACCCCAUCCCAGCUGUCACGACGGUCCGGGGAGAUGGGAUACCCUUCAAGUGCCUCCCUAGACCCCUCGAGCUUCCCGGCGCGAUGAUCGAGAACCCAGACGGCCCCGCAAUCGAGAACAUUGACCGUGUCGGAAAUGGCCUCGCCUACUUUCACAUCCUCUGGCCCGGAUACGAAGGCAAGACCUACGAGUUUAGAUGCAAGCAGGCCAAUGGAAAGUCUGUGACCAGGCGUGACUUUAUAAAACGAGUCAUAGUGAUUCUAGACAAGUUUUUCGCCACUGUUCAAGAAGAAGGUGAAAUAUGUACUGAUCCAAAGUGGAGGAUCGGCGAGGGUGGUAUCAAAUUUACAGACCUGAGGCUAAGGAAGAUUAUGAACGUGGCCACCAAUAAGCAUUGGCAAGCGGAAAUCCUUGUAGAACUUAGAAACUAA